AUGAUUUCUGCAUCAGCUUUCUACGACAUUUUUACGGCCAUGGUGCCCCUUUAUGUGGCCAUGUUCUUAGCCUAUGGCUCUGUAAAAUGGUGGAGAAUUUUCACCCCUGAUCAGUGCUCCGGAAUCAACAGAUUUGUAGCCAUUUUUGCAACCCCCUUUCUCUCACUGCGAAUCAUCUGCUCCAUCAAUCCUUACAAAAUGAACCUCAGAUUCAUACUUGCGGACACGUUGCAAAAACUGUUGAUUCUUUUUCUGCUGGUUUUGUGGGGCAGUUUCAGUAGUUGGGGGAGCUUGGAUGGGGUGAUAACCCUCUUUUCUAUCUCUACUUUGCCUAAUACUUUAAUUAUAGGGAUACCAUUAUUGAGUGCCAUGUAUGGGGUGGAGAGUAAUGGUCUUUUGAUUCAGAUUGUGGUUUUGCAAGGUUUGGUAUGGUAUACACUUUUGCUGUUUCUAUUUGAAUUGAAGGCCAAGAUGGUAAAGGGUCCCCAAAUUACAGUAUCAAUGGGUUCAGAAGUUUCUCCGGUGGAUGCUCAAAGUUCAGGUGAUUUGGAAGGAGGAGAUGAAGAGAUGCAAUCAAGAGAAAGAGAAGAUGAAGAGGGGUCUUCAAAAGACAGUAAAGAUGAAGGGGAAGCCACUUGCUCUAUUAUAAAGAUGAUAAAUAUCUUCUUUUUGGUGUUGUCCAAGGUUAUAAGGAACCCCAAUACUUAUGCUAGUGUUUUGGGCCUAGUUUGGGGGCUCAUUGCCUGCAGGUGGAACAUUAAAAUGCCAAAGAUAUUGCAUAAUUCCAUAUCAAUAUUAGCCGAUGCUGGUCUUGGCAUGGCCAUGUUCAGUCUAGGUCUUUUCAUGGCAUCCCAAAAUAAAAUAAUAGCAUGCGGAAUUCGUAGGGCUACCGUAGCCAUGGUUGUGAGAUUUCUCCUCGGCCCAGGGGUCAUGGCUGCCUGCUCUUUAGCACUUGGUCUUCGGGGCAAGUUGUUACAUAUAGCAAUUGUACAGGCUGCUCUUUCCCAAGCAAUCACUCCAUUUAUUUACGCUAAAGAGUACAAUGUGCACCCAGAUAUUAUAAGUAGCAUGGUCGUUUUCGGAAUGCUGGUUUCCUUGCCAAUAACAUUGGCCUACUACGCGUUGCUUGACAUCUAAGUGAGACAGAGAGAAGGUGGGACUAAGAUGGUUACAUGGAAAAUUAGUUGAGAUGAGUGGUUCAGAUCUCAUCAUGCCAAUUUCAAAUGGACUGCUCGGAUUAAAAAAUCCAACAUUUGCUAACUCGGAUUGAUGUUUUGGGAUAUGUCUUAAA